GGAGAUGUCUUAAUGUUGAUUUAGUGUAAAACCCUGCUUUGACAGCCAGCUGGAGCAGUGAGGAGUGUUUAAGUUUGUGGGGAAACUCGCUCACAGCCAGUUCUUGUGGCUGCGAUGUCAUGGGUAAUGAAAUCUCUCUCUCUUUUUUCCUCUCUCUCUCUCUCUCUUCCUCUCUCACAGGUUGUGUAAAGCAUCAAGGGCAGAAAACAGAGAACCUCCUCCUCUGCAUCCUCCUCGCCUGCAAGCCCUAUCUCUGGAGGAAAAGAGGCAGUCGGCAAGUACUGCAGUGGAGCGAAAGGUUGUUUGACAGCGACACAGAAGCUGUUUCCAGCUUUUUGGUAAAGGAGGCAUCAUCGCAAAGUUUCCUGGAGGAUUUCUUUUUUGGUGGAUACUUCAGUGGAAAUCAGAGAGUAAAAGUCCGCAGCCAUGGCGCCUUUCCUAAGGAUUGGCUUCUCCAACUUUGAGAUCGAUCCUGGUCUGGCCUACCAUGAGGAGGUGCUGAGCCCAUACUGUGCUGUCUACAUGAAAGAGACCAUUGAAACAGACAAGGGCCCGGUGUACAAGCAGAAGAAGCCCACCAUGUACCCGCCGUGGAGCACCACAUUUGAUGCCCACAUUCACCGCGGUCGCAUGAUGCAUGUGAUGGUGAAGGACCGGACAGCAGAGCUGAAGUCUGAGGCCACGGUGGCCUUGGACUCACUAGCAACACGCUGCAAGAAGGAGAACGGCAAGCUGGAGAUCUGGCUGGAGCUGAAGCCACAAGGUCGCCUUCUGAUGGAGGCCAGAUAUUACCUGGAGAAAAGUGAUGCUGCGGGUCAGACUGAGGGAGACCCCGAGUCUGAACGGGAGAGAAACGGUUUGUUCGCCCUGCAUCAUCGCCGUGGCGCCAUCAAACAGGCCAAAGUUCACGUUGUCAAAUGUCACGAGUUCAGCGCCACGUUCUUCCCUCAACCGACCUUCUGCUCCGUCUGCAAGGAAUUCGUCUGGGGUCUUAACAAGCAGGGUUACCAGUGCAGACAGUGCAAUGCAGCUAUCCACAAAAAAUGCAUAGACAAAGUCAUCGCCAAGUGCACCGGUUCAGCCAUUAACAGCAAAGAAACAAUGAUCCACAAGGAGCGCUUCAAGAUCGACAUGCCCCACAGGUUUAAAGUCUAUAACUACAAAAGUCCCACCUUCUGUGAACACUGUGGGACUCUGCUGUGGGGGCUCGCCAAGCAGGGGCUCAAAUGUGAGGAAUGUAGCAUGAAUGUCCAUCAUAAAUGCCAGAAGAAAGUAGCCAACCUCUGUGGGAUCAACCAGAAAAUGAUGGCUGAAGCUCUGGCCAUCAUUGAGAGCAAACAGCAGGCCAGAAGCACCAGAGAAAGUGAUAUCAUUGGUCGAGAAGGUCCAGUAGGUGUUGGUCAGCCAGGCAUGGUCCGAGCUCCAUCGGGGUUAGUAACGGGUUUACCGGCCACAGCUACACCUGCAAACAAAGAGUUGCAAGGUGUUUCGUGGGAGGGACCAGUGGACAUCAGCAGGUCGGUCAGUGAGGUCGUGACACUCGAGGAGCCUCUGUACGCCGUCCCAAGGAAGGACCACAGAUUCAUCAUCGAUGACUUUGUGCUACAUAAGAUGCUCGGGAAAGGCAGCUUUGGCAAGGUGUUUUUAGCCGAGCUGAAAAAGAGUGGGCAGUUCUUUGCAAUCAAGGCUCUAAAAAAGGAUGUGGUCCUGAUGGACGAUGACGUCGAGUGCACCAUGGUGGAGAGGAGGGUCCUGUCUUUAGCCUGGGAAAAUCCUUUCCUCACGCACCUUUACUGCACCUUCCAGACCAAGGAGAACCUGUUCUUCGUGAUGGAGUAUCUGAACGGAGGAGAUCUGAUGUUCCACAUCCAGAACUGCCAUAAGUUUGACUUGCACAGAGCCACCUUCUAUGCAGCUGAGAUCAUCUGUGGGCUCCAGUUCCUUCACUCCAAAGGAAUCAUUUACAGAGAUCUGAAGCUGGACAACGUGCUGUUGGACUCUGAGGGCCAUAUAAAGAUAGCAGACUUUGGCAUGUGUAAGGAGAACAUGCAGGACGACUCCCGCACAUCCACCUUCUGCGGGACGCCCGACUACAUCGCCCCUGAGAUCCUGCUGGGGCAGAAGUACAACAGCUCGGUGGACUGGUGGUCGUUUGGGGUGCUGCUGUACGAGAUGCUGAUCGGUCAGUCUCCUUUCCACGGCCGAGACGAGGAGGAGCUGUUUCAGUCCAUACGCACAGACAACCCUGUUUAUCCCCGCUGGCUCACCAAAGACGCCAAGGACAUUUUAGUCAAGCUGUUUGUUAGAGAGCCUGAGGAGCGGCUGGGAGUGAAAGGAAACAUCAGGCAGCACAGUUUCUUCAGCAGCACUGACUGGAACGCCCUGGAGCAACGACACGUGGCGCCUCCCUUCAGGCCAACCUUAACGUCGCCCAGUGACUGCAGCAACUUCGACAAAGAGUUCAUCAACGAGAAGCCCCGGCUGUCGUGCGCCGACCGGACCCUCAUCAACAGCGUCGACCAGACGAUGUUCAGAAACUUCUCCUUCGUUAACCCGGGGAUGGCUCGCAUCGCAGCCCGCUGACCACCUGACCAACAACCUACUACCUACAAACAAGCCACUCAGUCACAACCAGCACAACUGUAACUGAAGCAAACUGCAGAGACUUUAGACGGUGAAUGUCACAAAGCUCAACUGUGUCCAUAUACAUGAUGACAAUAACCACUAAGGAGGUGUCCCGGGUAUAGGACACAUACAAACGCAACUGUGACGAGAUAUUUGUUGCAUGUCCUUCCUGUCUCCAUCUACAUAAAUAAAAAUAAACAACUUACAGGACAUAAUUUACCUGAAGUCCAUUAUGAUACCUCAUUUAUAAUUAGUCAAAUUCAUGUUUGCAUAAGUCGUAACUCGCCAGUUCCUCUCAGUUUAAAAGCAUGUCGUUAAUUACCUAUAGAAUUCCCCCUCAAGGUUAUUCAUCCCCCUGAACUUGCUUAUCAGGGUGUUUUUAUCGAUAGAAAAUGUGCUAGUCAUUAACUUAUGGUGCCUCAUAUUACUUUAUGAAGUUCACGUGUUCAAGAAAAGCAAACUGAGAAAUGUGUUUACACCAAAUUAAAUCUAUUGUGUUACUGUUUUAUUUCUUGUCCUAUUCUCGAGCAUACUGAGUCGUUUACCUCCACUUUGGGCACAGAUGUUAAAAAUACAUUUUAACAGCCCUUUGUUGUGUAAAUAACUGUAAUGUAAACAUGUUGAUAUAAUGUACUGUUGUAGGAAUAGAUCUGUUAUUGGGUAGCAGAGGUAAAUGACAGGGUUUUUUUGUUUAUGUAUGUUUUCUUAUUGUACCUCAGGUGUUUCAUUGCUGUUUGGAUCAGGUACUUGGAUCCCUGCACACUGUAGUUUGUUCUGAAACCUGUACAAUAAAAAUGUGUUUUUUUGUUGGGA